AUGGGGUCCAUUUGUGGGGAAUCAUCGGUCGACUUUGACGGUCAAGAUGAGGAGAAAAUCUACGUGGCGAUAAGGCUAAGGCCGUUGAACGAGAGGGAACUCUCGAAAAACGAUGUCUCCGAAUGGGAAUGCAUCAACAAUACAACUAUCUUGUUCAAGAAUACUUUUCAAGAACGUACAUUGCUUCCUACAGCUUACACGUUCGAUAGAAUCUUCGGAUACGAUUCUCCGACGAGGCAAGUUUACGAUGAUGCCGCCAAAAAGAUUGCGCUUUCUGUAUUAAAUGGAAUAAAUUCAACUAUUUUUGCAUACGGGCAAACGAGCAGUGGAAAAACGUACACGAUGAGCGGCAUUACCGAAUACACAAUAGAAGAUAUAUAUGACUACAUAAACAUGCAUUCAGAAAGAGAAUUCAAAUUGAAAUUUUCGGCUAUGGAGAUUUACAAUGAAUCGGUCAGAGACCUACUCGUCAUGGACUGUACUCCUCUUAGGCUUCUAGACGAUCCAGAGAGAGGGACUGUCGUCGACAAACUUACAGAGGUGACUUUAACAGACUACAGCCAUCUAAAAGAGUUACUAUCAAUAUGUGAAGCUCAGAGGCAAAAUGGGGAGACUACUCUAAAUGAAGUGAGCUCACGAUCUCAUCAAAUCCUACGGUUGACAGUCGAAAGCGAAGCUCGUCAAUAUAAAGGUGCAGGCAGUUCAAGCCUUCUAACAGCUUCUGUGAAUUUUGUGGAUCUUGCCGGGAGUGAACGUGCUUCUCAAACAUUAUCAGCCGGGACGAGGCUUAAAGAGGGUUGCCACAUCAAUCGCAGUUUACUCACCCUUGGGACUGUUAUUCGCAAAUUGAGCAAAGGAAGGAACGGGCACGUACCAUACAGAGACUCAAAGCUCACGCGCAUACUUCAGAACUCGUUAGGCGGGAAUGCACGAACAGCAAUCAUCUGCACGAUGAGCCCGGCCCACAGCCACCUGGAGCAAUCGAGGAACACACUCUUAUUUGCCAGCUGUGCAAAACAGGUCAGCACGAAUGCCCAAGUCAAUGUGGUCAUGUCCGAGAAAGCCCUCGUGAAGCAACUUCAAAAAGAGCUCGCUCGUCUAGAAAACGAGCUCAAGAAUCUCAGCUCCACAGCUGCCUCGUGUGGUUCCUCGUCUGUCUUGAAAGAGAAAGAGCUCCUCAUCGAUAAGAUGGAUAAAGAGAUAAAGGAACUCACACACCAGCGCGACUUAGCUCAAUCACGAGUCGAGGACAUGCUUCGUUCGGCCUCCAUUACAGAAUAUAACCCAUCAAAAUCUUGGGUCGACAUGCAUAACCACGAGAAAUCCUCGUCGUGGGCAAGUGAAUACGCACCGUCCGAGAUGUCCGACAUAAUCGACCCCACGUCCCGAACGCCUCACAUUUCUGAAGCUGUUGCUCGGUCAAGCGCGAUCGAGGAUCAUUUCACGGAGAACAACGAGGAGCAGUUCUUGUCCGGUGACACUUCGCCAGGACUUUACAUCGACAAGUACUUUGGUCCCGACCCAUGCAGAGGUUGGGAAAAGAUGGCGUCUGUUCAAGGACAAAGCAAUGGCUUUGAGGAAAACUGCAAGGAGGUUCAGUGCAUUGAGACUGAUUUUACCAAUAGGAGUGUCGAGUCGAAUUCAGGUUCCCCACGUAAGGGUGAUCUAUCGAGUUUGUACCGAUCUCCAUUUUCAUCGGACAAUGACUCGUCAGACAUGGGCGGGAAUGUCCCGAGGAGCCAAAGCUGUGCAGCAAUACUGACCACAAUUACAAAAUCUCCCAGUCCUGAGUCAGAAGAAGAAGAUGAAGAAGAAGAAAACGAUCACGCGUUUCAUGAUAAGUCGAGCAGCCAAGAAGAACUUUCUGAUGCAGGGGCAAAGGUUAAUAAUAGUUGGAAUCUAUGCAGAGUUGAUUCAGAAAAAUCCGACAGGAGUGAUUGUCUGAAUGAUGACGAGGACCAAAUUAUAAUGACAUUCGCUAAAAAUGAUCGUAAAAAAGAAGCCCCCAUUUUGAUAGAAAAUAAGGAAGUUGUCGAGCGCAUAUCAGUGAAGCACGUUGAUUAUGAUCCGGAAAUGGUGGAAGAGAAAAAAGAACCGAAUAAGCCAGAGGAAAAUGCUAUUGCUAAAGUUGUCACGUCAUAUAAAACUCCAGACACGGAGAAAUCACCUUCCGAUUGGCAAGCCGAAUACGAGAGGCAAAUGACACAGAUAAUCGAGCUUUGGGAUGCUUGCCACAUUCCUUUAAUCCACAGAAGCUACUUUUUCCUACUUUUUAAAGGGGACCCAUCGGAUGCCGUUUACUUGGAAGUCGAACUCAGAAGGCUCUCGUUUCUCAAGAACACGAAACACGGAGUUCAUACAAUCAAGAAUGGCUCGAUUUCCAUGCCAACCUCUAGCUCGAAGACUCUCAACCGGGAAAGAGUGAUGCUGAGCAAACACAUGCUCAAGAAGUACUCGGCAAAAGAACGAGAAGCUCUAUUCAAGAAGUGGGACAUCGAGCUAAAGUCUAAACAGAGGAGACUCCAGCUGUGUCGGCUCCUUUGGACAGACAAUAAAAACACAGAGCACGUGAAAGAGAGUGCAUCGAUUGUUGCAAGGCUGGUCGGGUUCAAAGAACCGAGCCAGGCACCUAAGGAGAUGUUUGGGCUUAGCUUCGUGCCUGCAAGAAACGGGUCUUUCAGCUGGAGAAAGAGCUUGCCUCCUAUGAUGUAA